CUGGGAGCGGCUGCAGUCCGCGUGCCGUGCCAUGUAGGUCACGUGAUUACUCUGAAUAAAGUCCACGGAUUAUAUAAUUAUUUUAGACUUGUACAACACGCAGUCUCAGAACAACAAACAUGAAGGUUUUCACUGUGGUGCUGACCUUGAGCCUGAGCGUCGCCCUUGGACAGAAUGUCCUGACAGGCAUCAAGGAUGACCUGCAAACCAUUGGUGGUGCUAUCAAACAGACAGGAAAGGACUUCGUACCUUAUGCUGCCACCGUUGGCAAAGACCUGCUCGGAACCCUCAAGAACGACACUCUCAAGAUGGUCGGGAGCACAAUCACCGAUCUUCUUGGACAGGCUCUUUCUAAACUGUUCCAUAUCGGCAAGAGAGAUACGCUCACAGAAAGGGAUGUGUUGACCGGCCUCAAGGAUGACCUGCAAACCAUCGGCGGUGCUAUCAAACAGACAGGAAAGGACUUCGUACCAUAUGCUGCCGGCGUAGGCAAUGACCUUCUCGAAACCGUCAAGAACGACACUCUCAAGAUGGUCGGGAACACAAUCUCCGAUCUUCUUGGAGAGGCUAUUUCGAAACUGUUCCACAUCGGCAAGAGAGAUACGAUCACAGAAAGAGAUGUGUUGACCGGCCUCAAGGAUGACCUGCAAACCAUCGGCGGUGCUAUCAAACAGACAGGAAAGGACUUCGUACCUUAUGCUGCCGGUGUAGGCAAAGAUCUUCUCGGAACCCUCAAGAAUGACACCCUAAAGAUGCUUGGGGGCACAAUUUCAGACCUUCUUCAGAAUGCUCUGGCAAACCUGUUCCACGGCAAGAGGGAGCUCUCAGAAAGGGGUGUCCUGGAAGAUCUUCUUGGAAGCAUGGACAACAAAACCAUCAGCUUGGUCGGAGACACAAUCGCUGACCUUAUUGGGCAAGCUAUUGAAAACCUGUUCCAAGGCAAGAUAGAGCUCACAGAAAGGGAUGUGCUGACGGGCCUGAAAGACGAAUUUCAGACCAUCGGUGGUGCUAUCAAAGAGACGGGAAAGGACUUCGUACCAUUUGCUGCCAGCGUGGGUAAAGAUCUUCUUGGAACCCUCCAGAACGACACUCUCAAGAUGGUCGGAGGCACACUCACCGAUCUUCUUGGACAGGCUCUUUCUAAACUGUUCCAUAUCGGCAAGAGAGAUACGCUCACAGAAAGGGAUGUGUUGACCGGCCUCAAGGAUGACCUGCAAACCAUCGGCGGUGCUAUCAAACAGACAGGAAAGGACUUCGUACCAUAUGCUGCCGGCGUAGGCAAAGACCUUCUCGAAACCGUCAAAAACGACACUCUCAAGAUGGUCGGGAACACAAUCUCCGAUCUUCUUGGAGAGGCUAUUUCGAAACUGUUCCACAUCGGCAAGAGAGAUACAAUCACAGAAAGAGAUGUGUUGACCGGCCUCAAGGAUGACCUGCAAACUAUCGGCGGUGCUAUCAAACAGACAGGAAAGGACUUCGUACCUUAUGCUGCCGGUGUAGGCAAAGAUCUUCUCGGAACCCUCAAGAAUGACACCCUAAAGAUGCUUGGGGGCACAAUUUCAGACCUUCUUCAGAAUGCUCUUUCAAACCUGUUCCACGGCAAGAGAGAGCUCUCAGAAAGGGGUGUCCUGGAAGAUCUUCUUGGAAGCAUGGACAACAAAAUCAUCGGCUUGGUCGGAGACACAAUCGCUGACCUUAUUGGGCAAGCUGUUGAAAACCUGUUCCAAGGCAAGAUAGAGCUCACAGAAAGGGAUGUGCUGACGGGCCUGAAAGACGAAUUUCAGACCAUCGGUGGUGCUAUCAAGGAGACGGGAAAGGACUUCGUACCAUUUGCUGCCAGCGUGGACAAAGAUCUUCUUGGAACCCUCCAGAACGACACUCUCAAGAUGCUCGGAGACCUUAUCGGGCCUGUUCUUGAUAACCUGUUCCAUGGCAAGAGUGAGCUCUCAAAAAGGGAUCUCCUGACCGGCAUCAAGAACGAUCUUCAAACCAUCGGCGGUGCUAUCAAAGAGACAGGAAAGGACUUCGUACCAUUUGCCGCCAACGUGGGUAAAGAUCUUCUCGGAACCCUCCAGAACGACACUCUGAAGAUGCUCGGAGGCACACUCACCGACCUUAUUGGCAAUGCUCUUGCAAACCUGUUCCAUGGCAAGAGAGAGCUCUCAAAAAAGGAUCUCCUGACCGGCAUAAAGAACGACCUACAGACCAUCGGCGGUGCUAUCAAAGAGACAGGAAAGGACUUCGUACCAUUUGCCGCCAACGUGGGCAAAGAUCUUCUCGGAACCCUCCAGAACGAUACUCUGAAGAUGCUCGGAGGCACACUCACCGACCUUAUUGGGAAUGCUCUGGCAAACCUGUUCCACGGCAAGAGAGAGUUAACAAAAGAUGAUGUCCUGAUCGGCCUCAAGGAUGACCUGCAAACCAUUGGCGGUGCUAUCAAACAGACAGGAAAGGACUUCACUGUUCUUGGCACCUUACCCACCUUGAAAGACAUCCUUUCGCAAACAGUCCUGAACCAAUGGUCCGAUCUGAUUCACCUUGAUCCGAUUGAAUGGGGUAGUUAAACCCGUUGAUGUAGUGUGUUCAAGAAUAAACAUACCAUACCUCUCUA